AUGGCAGAACCUGAAAGCACAGUCAUAAACACAGACGUGGAACAGAAAGACCCUAGUGAGGCACUGGUCAUUGCAGUGACCACCAGAGCCAUCUUCAACCUGGAAAAGGAGCACAAGCUUUACUUGGAGAAGGGCAAGGAGGAGUACACAAGGCACCAGCAGGCCAACCAGGACACACCCCUGCCACCGGGCACAGCCUUUGCCUUCAUCCAGGCAGUGCAGUAUGUGAAUGAGAAGAUCCUGGAGAGGAGCCCAGCAGAGAAGGACCUCUUUGACAUCCUGGUGCUCUCCAACAACAGCCCAGAGAGUGGCAUGCGCAUCAUCAACAGCACCAAGCACUACGGCUUGGAGAUCUCCAAGUUCUGCUUUGUCAGCAGUGAGGACUCCACGCAGUACCUGAAGUCCCACAAUGUCAAGCUCUUCCUUUCAGCUGACAGGACAGAUGUCUGCAAUGCCCUCCGGAGAGGGGUCUCAGCAGCACUCGUCUUCCAGCAGGAGGUGGAGGCCCCCAGCACCCCACUCCGUGUGGUGUUCGACGGGGAUGCCGUGCUCUUCUCUGAUGAGACAGACCAGGUCUUCCAGAAGCAGGGGCUGGAAGGGGCACUGCAGUAUGAGCAGGCAAUGGAGGCUGUGCCCAUGGGAGAGGGUCCCUUGAAGGCUUUUGCCAUGCACCUUGGGAGGAUGCGCAAGAAGUUCAGCCAGGAGGAAUCCCCCAUCCGCACCUACCUGGUGACCGCCCGCAGCGGCCGGGACAUGGGCAUCCGAGCCAUCAAGACACUCCGGGAGUGGGGUCUGGCCAUUGAUGAGGCUUUUUUCAUGAGUGGAGCUCCCAAGGGCCCUAUCCUUGCCCAGAUCCAGCCCCACAUUUUCUUUGACGACGGCCUUCAUAACAUCCAGGGAGCUCAAGACAUGGGUGUACCCUCUGCCUGGGUCCCUUCCUGCUGCUGA